AUGGCGGGGACGGAGGCCUUCGAGGCAUACUUCCGUCGCGCGGAUUUGAACCAGGACGGCCGCAUCAGCGGUCAGGAGGCCGUCGCCUUCUUCCAGGGCGCCAACCUGCCGCAGCAAGUCCUCGCCCAGGUAUGGAUGCACGCCGAUCAGAACAAGACUGGCUUCCUCGGCCGCCCGGAAUUCUUCAACGCGCUGCGCCUGGUCACCGUGGCGCAGAGCGGGCGUCAGCUCACGCCCGACAUAGUGCAGUCGGCGCUCUAUGGUCCCGCUGCGGCUCGAAUUCCAGCUCCCAAGAUAGCCGCGGGGCCGGCUCCUGCACAGAUGGGUGCUGCGGGGGCGCCUAGGCCUCAAGGGAGUGCUGCGAUGACACCCACACCAGGGCAGGUUGGAACGGCUCAGAUGAAUCCGGCUGCCACACCAAGGCCCCAGGGAAGCGGCAUGAUGCCGACAUCUAGUCAAGUUAGCAUGCCGCAGGUGAACCCUGGUGCUGCUCCAAGGCCCCAAGGGAUCAGUUCUAUGAUGCCAGCUGCGAGUCAGGGUGGUGCUCUUCAAGCAAGUCAAUUUGCUGGACCAAGGGCAAUGCAGCCGCAGCCUCCUAAUCUGGGAAUUACUCAACAGCAACCUUCUAGUACUGGUUUCAUGCGGCCACCACAAAUUGGAGCUCCAGCAACUUCAUUUCAAGCUCAAGCGCCUGGAAUCAAUCAAGGUUUGGUCGGUGGAGGUAGCAUGGGAGGAUCUGUCGGUUGGCAAGGCGGUAAUGCUGCCUCAGUGGGAGGCAUUCCACAAGCUAUACCAGGAGCUGCUCCUUCACAGACAACACGAGGUGGAUUUGGCCCAGGUUUACCUAGCACAAUAGGCAUGGCACCUGGACAACAGGUACAAGCAAUGUCUUCAUCGCCAUUGCCUCCGCAGAGCAACAGUGCUGUGUUGCCUCAGGAUUCAAAAGCUUUGGUACUGUCUGGAAAUGGCCCUGCCAGCAGCUCUGGAUCAAGCACGGACAUCUUCUCUGCACUUACACAGCCGAAGCCAAGCGUAUCUGCACCUGCACCUCAGACAAGCUCGAUUCCGAGCUCAUCCAGUUUUAUGCCCACGCCAACUGGCUCCCAGAACCUGACUAAUCUCGCACAGUUUGGUUCUUUGCAAGGUAGCAGCCAACCUCAACAGACUCAGCCUGUCGUAAAUCCCAGUCCUGCUCCAACUGCACCUGUUGUCUCUGCUGGGAUUUCUAAUUCAGCUCCCCAAUGGCCGAAAAUUACUCAAUCUGACAUCCAGAAGUACAUGAAAGUCUUUGGGGAUGUUGAUAGGGACAGAGAUGGCAAAAUAACUGGCGCAGAAGCUCGCACUCUGUUCCUCAGUUGGAGGCUUCCAAGAGAGGUCCUGAAGCAAGUGUGGGAUUUGUCUGACCAAGACAAUGAUGGCAUGCUUUCUUUGAGAGAGUUUUGCAUUGCUCUUUAUUUAAUGGAGAGGCACCGAGCUGGAACUCCUCUUCCCCCGGCACUUCCUGACUCUCUUAGGCAUGAUGAGACACUGUUACGAGCUACAGGCUUGCCUUCAACAGCAUACAAUGGGCCAUCAUGGCAACAGAAUCAAGGAGGAUUACCACAAAGAGGCCCUGGAGCACCUGGGGUGCCUGCUGGUGUUGUGCGGCCACCCUUGCCACCACAUUUGCAUUCACAAACUGAUGGAGCUAGCAGACCAGGGCAACCAAGAUCUCACAUGCCUGGGAUGGAUAAUCAUGUAGUAAAUCAAGGAAACAAAGAUGACAAAAGUGGAGUGAACCAGGCUGUGCAGGAGGUGGUGGAUGCUCCUAAGAAGGUUGAGGUGGAGAAGCAGGUCCUGGAUUCUAGAGAGAAACUGGAGUAUUACCGCACAAAGAUGCAAGAUCUUGUCUUGUAUAAAAGUCGGUGUGACAAUAGGCUGAAUGAGAUUACAGAAAGGGCGUCCUCUGAUAAACGUGAGGUGGAAUCAUUGGCUAAGAAAUAUGAAGAGAAGUACAAGCAAGUAGCUGAGUUAGCUUCCAAACUAGCAGUUGAAGAAGCUGCAUAUCGUGAUGUUCAGGAGAGAAAAGUUGAGCUGCAUGAUGCGUUGAUUAAAAUGGUACAAGGUGGAAGCGUUGAUGGUUUGCUUCAGGUUCGAGCCGAUCGAAUCCAAUAUCAAUUAGAAGAGAUGGAAAAGGCUCUUAGUGAACGGUGCAAACACUUUGGACUUCAAUUCAAAUCAUCCGCAUCAGUUGAGCUUCCUUCCGGUUGGGAACCUGGGCCUCAAGAGGGACUCAUUGAGUGGGAUGAAGACUGGGAUAAAUUUGAAGAUGAAGGGUUUAGUAUUGUUAAGGAUAAUGGUACAAUACAGGAAAACCCAGUUUCUGCUGAAAAUGGAAAAGUGCCAUCUCUUUGGGAUGAUGGUGAUGAUAUGUCUCCUGUUGCAUCCUCGAAUGGUCAUAUCAAGGAAGAAAGGCGUUACAGUGGAGGUGAUCAAGUGGCUGAGAGUGAAAUUGCAUAUGAUUUUGGUGAUGAAUCUGUGAGGAGUCCUGGCAGUGCUGGAAGAAGUGCCUCAGGGAGUCCAUUUAAAUCUUCCCGCUUUGGGAUGCAUGAUUCAUCUCCCAGCAAAAGAGAAAGUUACAGUGACCAUGGUGGUUCUGAAUCUGUUUUUGGUGACAAGUUUGCUGAUGAAACUUCUUGGAACUUUGAUGAUCAAGAUACUGACUCUGUUUGGGGUUCUACUGCACUGAACACUGAGGCUGACCAACAUGGUGGCACACAUAACUCUUUCUUUGGGUCCGAGGCAGGCUCUCCAAGUGGCGCUAGUGUAUUUGGAAAGAAGAGGAGUUCAUUCUUUGAUGAUUCUGUUCCCAGUUCUCCUGCAUACACAUCUGGAUUCUCUCCAAAAUUCGGUGAAAGCCGUGAUGAUAGCUCCUCUUAUAACUUUGGGAGGUUUGAUUCCUUCAGAUCCCAAGACACUGGAUUCUUCCCUCAGGAAAGUCGUUUCUCCAGGUUUGACUCCAUUAGCAGCUCGAAAGGAGAGAAUGUAUCAGGAUUCGAUACAGGGAAUAGCUCACGAAAUUUUGGCCGGUUUGACUCUUUUGAUGAUGCUGAUCCAUUCGGUUCAAGUGGACCUUUUAAAGCAUCUGGAAGCCGGUCUCCACCCAAGUUCUGA